UUGUUCCUUAAUGUCUAGGAUUUGGCUGAAAUGACUUAAAACAAUUGGAACUCUUCUGUUCUGACCAAUAGAAGGAAUAGUUGCGAUAGGAAACAAGAGUACAGAACUCCAAAACUAUCCCAGCUAAUGAGUAUCCAGGAUGAUGCAAGCUGCAGGACAAGAGUCUCCUGAAUCUACAGACAACACAAGUACAACAGUGUACGAACGAAAGCCUCCAAUUAGAAUGGUGAAGGGGAUGUCUAGAAAACGCAUUCCUGCAUUCUUAAGGGAAAUUUGUCAGAAGCAAUCUUUUGCCCCUCGGGAUGUGGAAGGACCUCCCGUCCCUGAAGGACCUUCUGCAGAAACAACACCAAUGCAAGUAGAAGCAUUACCUGAAAAGACACCAGUAAAGGUAGAAAAGGUGAAGAAUAGAAAAUUCAAUUGCAUAUUUUCAAUAUUUCGAAGAUUUUAUAAAAAGAAAACUAUCACCUCUCAAGAUGUAGAGGAACCUCCAGCUGCUCCAGCUGUCACUAGUACUUCUAAAGAAAUGCCACAAACACAAAGGGAAGGUUCUACAAAUGUCCCUGAUAUUAAACAGAUUUUUUGUCGAGAGGAAGAGUUCAACCAUCAUGAUGAGGGAGCUUGGGAAGAAUACCAAAGUUAUUUCCCAGGUGGUAUACAUGUUCCAGAAUCCAAGCAUACGGUGGCUUCCAAUAUGCUAGGAAGUUAUGUAGCCCAGGUGGGAGACACAGAUGUUGAAGAACAACAGAACAUCGAUAGUAAAGAGAGCUUUCCUGAUGCUUUUGAAGUACAGCUCUGGGAGCUGAGAAAGGUAUCAAGUACUGUAGCUCCAGUGCUGAAUGUGCUGUAUCUAGCCCCAACUAAAUCUUCAGAUGAAGAUAUUGUACCCAUAAAGAAGAAGAAGAAAAGGAGGAAGCGCUACUACUGAUAAAAAGUCUCCAAUAUUGCCUAGGUUGCCAGAAUCAAGGAGAAGGAACCAGACCUCCAGGCUCUGUCACACCCCAGGACAUAUCCUGCUACCUGGUUGUUUAUGGACAACAGUCAGUGGGACCAGCCUCUGAGCAGCUUCAGAAGCUGCCUGUACAGAUCAAUACAGCUCUCCUUAAUCAGUC